CUCUUUAAUCAGCAAGAAAUGAGAGUUAAGAAGCCCACAUCCAAGAGAUCCACCACCCGUUUGAGGGAAGGUAUCAAGAAGAAGGCCGCUGCUCAAAACAGAAAGAACAGAAAGUUUGCCAAGAAGGAUGUCACAUGGAAGUCCAGAACUAAGAAGGAUCCAGGUAUUCCAUCCAGUUUCCCAUACAAGGAACAAAUUAUAGUUGAGUUGGAAGAAGGUAGAAAAGCCGAACAAGAAAAGAGGGCUCAGUUGAAGUUGCAGAGACAACAAGAGCGUGCCGAGGCCUUGGCCAGAGGUGAACAAGUGGAUGAAAACAUGGACCAAGACUCCGAUGACGAAAACGAAGGAGGUUUAGGAGCCUUGCUCGAAUCUGCCCAAAGAGCCGCUAAGGCUUACGAUGGCGAAGAUGACGAAGAAAACGACCAAGACAUGGACCAAGACUCUGACGAAGACAUCGAAUACGACUUGGAAUUGGAAGAAGAUGAUGAAGAAGAUAACUCCGAACUCGACAAGUCCCGUAAGGCAUACGAUAAGAUUUUCAAGACCGUUGUGGACCAUGCCGACGUUGUCUUGUACGUCUUGGACGCCAGAGACCCAGAACUGACCCGUUCCAGAAAGGUUGAACAAGCCGUCUUGCAAAACCCAGGUAAGAGAUUGAUCUUGGUGUUGAACAAGGUUGAUUUGAUCCCUACCGAUGUCUUGAACCAAUGGCUCAAUGUUCUCAAGUCCUCAUUCCCCACCGUCCCAGUCAAGGCUUUGCCAGGUUCUGCUGGCUCCAACACUUUCAACAAGAACUUGACCUCCACCAUGACCGCCAACUCUUUGUUGCAAGCACUCAAGAGUUUUGCCAACAAGGCCAACUUGAAGAGAUCCAUCAUUGUUGGUGUUAUUGGAUAUCCAAACGUCGGUAAGUCUUCCAUCAUCAACGCUUUGACCAACAGACACGGCAACAACAGCAAGGCGUGCCCUGUGGGUAACCAAGCCGGUGUCACCACCCUGAUGAGAGAAGUUAAGAUUGAUAACAAAUUGAAGAUUUUGGAUUCUCCAGGAAUUGUUUUCCCCGAUGAAAUCAUCAACACAAAGAAGGCUUCCAAGGCGCAACAAGAAGCCAAGUUGGCCUUGUUGUCCGCCAUCCCACCAAAGCAGAUAAUAGACCCUAUGCCACCUGUGCAGAUGCUCUUGAAGAAGUUAUCCAAGGACACUGCCAUGGCCGACAGCUUGAAGAGUUACUACCAACUUCCUCCAUUACCAUCGAACGAUCUCAAUGAAUUCACCAAGCAAUUCUUGAUCUUUGUUGCCAGAACCAGAGGAAGAUUAGGAAAGGGAGGUGUACCUAACUUGGAAUCUGCCGCCUUGUCUGUUUUGAAUGACUGGAGAGAUGGUAGAAUUGUUGGUUGGACCUUGCCAAAGGCAUCCAGAAGCACCAGUGGUGCCGAUGUUGUUGACGAAACCACCAUCGACGGACCAAAGAGUUCUUUGAGAGGAGACAAGGAACCACCAAAGCAAGAACAAACCACCAUUGUUUCCACAUGGGCUAAGGAAUUCGACUUGGAUGGUUUAUUGGGUGACAACUUUGGAUUGGGAUCUAAUUAGGAGAGAAGAAGAGAAUAGAAGUAGAAAUUGCACAAAUACAC